AGAAGGGGGGGAUGUAGAGAAACAGAGGAUGAGAGUGGGAGAAGCGUUGGCUCUGUCAUCUACAUUUAAAUAGGAUUUCUCACAGACGUGAGCAGCAGGAAAAGGCUUCAGGAACGGUGCAACUAAUCUGUCGCUUCCAGAGCUAGCUCAGUCCAGAUGAUGUUUUGCAGUUGCCUGUUUGCUUCUUGUUGCUCAAUCUCUGUUGCUGUGAGGACUCAGAAUUCCACCCCCCCCCCUCUCUCUCUCUAGCAGAGGUGUUGUUGCUGUAACCUCUUCCUGUCUACCCAAAAUGCCACUUGGUAUGCUGUUUGUGCUUCGCCGCUGUGGAUAGAAUCUACCCUGGCAGGCAUAAACAUGCACUCAGCUGCAAAUUUGUAGCGGAACCUGGAAAAAAUACUAAACAUAUCAACCGAGGACUUGUUUGUUUUGUGGCAUUUUUGGGUCACAUUCAGAAGGGAGUAACAGGAAAUAUUCAAGAGUGAGAGAUGAUAUCACUGUGCGAGUAUCCGUCUUCAAGUUUAAGCAACCGAGAAUAUUUGUUUUGAAGGGCCAGCCGUCCGAAAUCAGCUCCACCCUUCCUCAUAUCCAUCAUCGCGGCCGCUGUUCAACCUGACUCUGAAGAAGCUGAUCAUGCUGAAGGAGCUGGAUAAAGACCUCACCUCCGUGGUCAUCGCUGUCAAACUGCAGGGCUCCAAGCGGAUCCUUCGCUCCAACGAGAUCCUGCUGUCCUCAGCGGGACUGACAGAGACCGACCUGCAGCUCACCUUCUCCCUGCAGUACCCGCACUUCCUGAAGAGGGACGCCAACAAGCUUCAGAUCAUGCUGCAGCGACGGAAGCGGUACAAGAACCGGACCAUCCUGGGCUACAAGACCCUGGCCCUGGGACUCAUCAACAUGGCCGAGGUGAUGCAGCACCCCAGCGAGGGCGCCCAAGUCCUGGGGCUCCACAGCCAGCUGAAGGACGCCUCGGUGCCCGUCGCUGAGAUCAGAGUCUACUCCCUGUCCAGCCAGCCCAUCGACCACGAGGGACCCAAAGCUAAGAUGUCUGAUCGCUCUCCGGACAUCGACAACUACUCCGAGGAGGAGGAAGAGAGCUACUCGUCGGAGCAGGAAGGCAGCGACGACCCCAUUCAUGGACAGUAUCUAUUUGACGAAGAAGAUGAGGUGAGGAAGAAGAAGCCGAGGCGCAAGCUUCCUUCCAAUGCCGCCAUCACCAGACAACCCAACAUCAAGCAGAAGUUCGUCGCCCUGCUGAAAAGGUUUAAAGUCACUGAUGAGGUUGGUUUCGGCCUGGAGCAUGUGUCGAGGGAGCAGAUCCAGGAGGUUGAGGAGGACCUGGACGAGCUUUACGACAGCCUGGAGAUGUACAACCCAAGCGACAGCGGGCCGGAGAUGGAAGAGACCGACAGCAUCCUGAGCACACCCAAACCUAAGCUAAGGCCCUUCUUUGAGGGAAUGUCUCAGUCCAGCUCCCAGACGGAGAUCGGCAGCCUGAACAGCAAAGGCAGUUUGGGUCGAGACACUUUCAGCCCGCAGGGGGAGCAGCCUCCUAUAGAGAAGAUGAAACUCUCUCGAAGCCGCAACCUGGAUGAGGCCCUCUCUGAGACCGACACACUGGAGCUAACGGAUCAGGAGCUGUUUGCUGAGGUGGGCCCCUGCAUCACGGUGUCAGUGGCAGAGAAACCCCGUACACCUAUGAAGAGCAGCAAAAGUGAAACCCAGGCGAUGCCAUCGCCACGGUUGGACGGAGGCCACACGCCCAGACAGAAGCGCAUCAGCACUCCCAUGAAGGAGAGACAACUGUCCAAACCUUUGAGUGAACGCACCAACAGCUCAGACUCUGAGAGAUCCCCGGAGCUGGGACACAGCACGCCGCUCCUGAGGAAGGCAGUGUACGACCAGCUGAACCAGAUUUUGUUGUCGGACUCUGCGCUCCCAGAGAGCCUGAUCUUGGUCAACGGCACCGACUGGCAGGGGCAGUAUGUUGCAGAGCAGCUGCAGGUGCAGAGACACCCGGUGGUCUGCACGUGUUCGUCGGCUGAAAUCCAGGCGGUGCUGUCGGCUGUGCUCACUCGCAUCCAGAAGUUCUGUAACUGUAACUCGUCCAUGCCCAGAGCGGUGAAAGUGGCGGCGGUGGGCAGCCAGAGUUACCUGGGAGCCAUCCUGCAGUUCUUUGUCACGCAGCUCGCCAACAAAACGUCCGACUGGCUCAACCACAUGCGCUUCCUGGUAGUGCCUCUGGGCUCUCACCCGGUUGCCAAGCACAUCGGCGCCCUCGACAACCGCUACAGCUCCUCCUUCCUGGACGGGGCGUGGAGAGACGUGUUCAGCCGCUCCGAGCCGCCGCAGACAGAUCAGCUCGAUGUAGCGGCGAGAAUCUCCCAGUACAUUAGCGGAGCCACGGUCACACACCAGCUGCCCAUCGCUGAGGCCAUGCUCACCUGCAAACACAGGACGCGAGAUGAAGACUCCUACCAGAAGUUUAUUCCUUUUAUAGGGGUAGUGAAGGUUGGUCUUAUCGAGUCUGGUCCUUCGCCAACAGGAGAUACAGACGAGGGCGUGGCGGUGAGUUUGGCUGUCCCCUCCACGUCUCCCCCCUCCCACGGCUCACCCACAGGGAUGAUUAAAGAGGCCGCUACGCCUCCCUCCUCCCCCUCCAUGGGCAGCGUCCUCACAGUACAAGGGAGUCCCAGCAUGUCUCACUGCGUGGACGCCAUCGGCCUGCAGGUCGACUACUGGCUGGCCUCUCUGGCCGAGAAGCGGCGCGAGGGCGACCGGCGGGACACGGGCAACAAAAACACACUGAAGAGCGCCUUCCGCUCGCUGCAGGUCAGCAGGCUACCAGGCGGCGGCAACAACGAUUCGCAGGCGCAGGUCAGCACCAUGGCCAUGACCGUGGUCACCAAGGAGAAGAACAAGAAAGUUCCCACCAUCUUCCUGGGAAAGAAGCCAAAGGAGAAGGAUGUGGACUCAAAGAGCCAGGUCAUUGAAGGCAUCAGCCGGCUCAUCUGCUCUGCCAAACAGCAACAGACCAUCCUGAAAGUGUCCAUAGACGGCGUGGAGUGGAACGACGUUAAGUUCUUUCAGCUUGCCGCCCAGUGGCCCACUCACGUCAAAUACCUACCCGUCGGACUCUUCGGCUACAGCAAGCCCCCCUCCUAGGGGCGAGCUCAAGCCGGCUCCUCUGACCCCAACUUGACCUUCGACUCUUCUCGAUCCUGUAACACCCGUCACGCAAAGACCACGCCUCAUAGCACCUGCAGAUCUGAGAGAAGACGUCGACGAGUGUCUGGACUCUUUCUUUAGAUUCAUUUAGCUACAGUCUUUCUCUUUGGAGAGGAGGAGGAGGAGGAGGAGGAGGAGGAGGAGGAGGGUGGUGUUGGGGUGCAGCGUUCUUACUAGUCACUUUAAUGCCCCUUUUUGUGUGUGUUUGUGUGUGUGGCGAGUGUGCAUGCACACGUGAAUGUAGUGUGUGUGUGUGUGUGUGUGUGUGUGUGUGUGUGUGUUUAAAAGGGGCGUACAGCACAAGUUCAUUAGCUAACUGCCAUUUACGUUUCCGUUCUAUGGAAUGCAAUAGCAUGCAACAACUCACCGAUUUCAAGCCCUUAAAGUCCGACCCUCAGCUUUCGACCCCUUCAAGGUCCCGCUCACCUCGAGACCUGAUCCACUCGUGCAUGCUCCGAACUAAUACACCACUCAUGUGCCGGAAAGCAGUAACUCAAAAUAAUAAUAAAAACAGGGCUUCAAUGUUUGCAUGAGCCAGUGAAAACACACAUAAAAAAGUCUCCUCUACUCACAAAAUGCUGUCAAAUAAACGGCUUACAUGUCAGAUACAUCAACAGAUGCCCUUCAACACAGCCCCCAUUAUUAUUGUUUUAAUUUCAAGGGCUUCCAUAUAAUUUAAAAUAUUUUUUUCUGUACCAAAAUAAGUCAUUUGGAUGUCUAAUGCCAAACGUUUCCUUUUAAAAAAGAAUAUAUAUAAAGGGGAAGUGUCUCUGUUAUUGUGCUCUUGUGAAAAAAAGUAAAACCUUCCCUUUAACGCUGUUUCGUGAUGCGUAGUGUACGUUUUUGUGACGAGUUCCAGGAUAUCAGGGCAGGGGCUACUGUGACGUGCAGUUUUCUUUCUCUUCUUAUUUGCUAUGCACUUACGAAGAAACAUCUGGGUGUUUGCAGAGUACGGCUGGUAGGAAUAGAUUAACCCAAGCAAACACGCAACUGGAAACAACAAAAUGCAUAUUUAAACAGUCCAAAACUCAGCAGCGUUGAUGGGAAUAUGACGGAUAAACAUGAGUAUCUAGAGCGCAAAAAUGGGAGUCAAACACCUGCAAUAAAGCACAAAGUUGUUCGCCAGUUGUCCCCCAAAUAAUCGUUUCUUUAUUGGCAACAGACUGGCAGCUUUCUCUUCAGUGAAAACAGCAGACCUGGUCAAACAAAUCUAAUUUUUGAAGCAUUUUUCAUUUCUCUUGAGACUCCUUAAUAACCUUAAUUUUAUCAGGAACAAAACAGAAGUAUUUGGGUUGAGUUAUUUUGGCGCAGGUCAGCUCCAUGCUUUCUCUAGGAUGUCGUGAGGUGACUAGUGAGUGUACAGUAACUGGUAACAAGUGUGCGUGUAUAUGGUGAAAUAAAUGUAAUGUGGUCAGAAACUUUGAAAAAAUCACUAAAUAGGAGGAAUACUUUUUCUACCGUGUGACAGAGGGCAUGCAAACGGUGUGUGUGUGUGUGUGUGUGUGUGUGUGUGUGUGUGUGUGUGUGUGUGUGUUAAUGAUGUGUUCAUUAUCAAAAUCAUUGAUUAUCAGGGCUGCAGUGGUCGUCCUGUUUACAUUGUAGCCUGGCACAAGGCGAAUGCAGAUUUUCCACCACUAAACACUUUGAAAACAAACAAAAUCACAUUAAAAACCUCAGUUGUCUUGAACUAAUUGAAAUUCAACUUUGGUGCGAAUACAAUACCAUCAUCUGCAAAGUAGUUUAUAAUAAUUGUUCUAAAAGCAAUUAUUAUAAACCACUUUGCAGAUGAUGGUAUUGUAUUCGCACCAAAUUCUAAUUUCAAUACAACCUUAGUUGUAUUGAAGUAAUUGAAAUUCAACUUUGGUGCUAAUACAAUAACAUCAUCUGCAAAGUGGUUUAUAAUUGUUCUAAAAGCAAUUUAAAGAAGAAAUAAUGCAAAGCUCCCCAGGCCUGUAGCUCUGCCUUGUGUCACCUACAUCGUAACACUCUCCAUCUCCAGUAAAGUAUUAGAAAGAUAGUUUUUUAAUAGUGUUAAUAAUGCCAAUGUUUUGAUUUAAAUGCUGUUUUUGUUGGUUUGAAAAUAGAUGAGUUUUUUUUCCCGUGUCGAUGUUACAGUGUUAGUCUCAAACUCGGCUCAUUUUUUCACCUGUUACACGGAGGUUUCACGCUGGAGGGUUUGCUUGUCUGUUCACUCUCUGUUUGCUUAACAGCUCGUCUGUCGCCGCUGAACAAACACUCAGUUUAGUGUUGAUUGAUUAGAAGUACUUCCAAAUAUUUGAAUGUAUUGAAUUUAGUUUACACGUGCAAUUUUAAGGCACAAGUAGUUAAUAUUGUCAUUGAUGUUAUUUGGCCUAAAACAGACUUGUUCCACCAGUCCAGUGCAGUCAUUUUCAAUACUGCAUGAACACAUGACAGUUUUUCUGAACUUUUUUGUGUAAAAAAAAAAAGCAAACAGCCAGUGGGCCUCGUGAAACCACCCCUCUCAAUCGUUUUUCUUCACUACUUGUGUUGCUGACAACCAU